CAGGCACCGGCAACACUCCGGUGACUAAACGGGGAAACCGGACACAUGAGAAAACGCGUCUCGCGGCGCGGAGGAGACUGGCCCUGUCCCCGGGCUCUGCGCAGCCGCUUGCGGCCAGGCGGGGUCGGUGCGGUCGCUCUCAGCGCUGCGAGCCUCAGGUUCUCAAACGAGUCCGCGCGGCCUUAGUGCCGCGAGUUUCCCGGAGUGUCACACGCCCGACAAUCUUGUCACCCGCUUGCGGCCGACUUCCCGCUAACACCUUCGCCACCACAGUCAAUUGCUUCCCAUUUUCCUGUUGUUUUCACAACACGUGAAUUACUACCACUUUGGGAGAGAACAAUCGGAGAUAGACGUUUGAAGGACAAUGAUAAUAACAAGUGUAAUGUUACAUGUAAAUGCAUACAGCAUGACAUACGUCCAGUCCUCCAAGACGGUAAGGUUGCGUAGGUGAACAUCAUUCAGAAGUCAAAACUUUCUUACUCUAAUAACCGAGGACUCUAAUUAAACGUAGCUUUUUAAAAGGAAAUACAGGAUUCAGGAAUUUCUAAGGUUCCGGCCUCCUGUGUAAACCAUUGGGUUAGAUGGGCUUCACAUAAAAUACGAACGUUCCACCUAAAUUUAAGGACGGCUGAAUCUCUUAAAGGCUGAUCGGUAUACACUCAACCAACGAAAAGGUAGAAUCUGGUCUACCUACUCUUGCUACAAAAGGGUUAUAUUUGAUGUUUUUAAUUUUGAAAAACAUUUUAAGGACUAUAAAAUUAGGUCUGGGCGGUGAGAAGUUGGCCCUUCUUGUGGCUCAGAAUCCAGGUGAUUGACCGCGUACACGCCUGCUCCGCAAGGCUCGAGAGGUUGGUACUGGAGAAUUGAGUCAUUGAUAUUUUACACCUGACAAAAUGUACUCUAAGCUUAAAAUAUGAGUUGCAGAAAGCUCCAAGUUUGGAAGACAUGAUUAACUUUUUUUUUUUUUUUAACAUUUAACAAACUGGUGCCUGAUUACUGGAAAUAUUUCUGUAAACGCCAGUAUAAUUUAACUAUGGUUGAGAUGGUCUUCAAAGGAGCUCCUUCAUUUAAGCAUUGUAAAGGGGUGCCAUUUUUGAAAAAGGUUUCAGAAGUUUGUAAUCCGAUAUCGUGCUAUUGAGCAGGGAGUAUAAAGAGUACAUUAUUGGGGGGCAAUAUUUCUCAAAUUUCUCCCCAAGAAAUGAAGAACUAUAGAGUUUUGGAGUACAAUAUGAACAAAGUCAAUGACUACUUUUUUGAAAACCUUCAAGUCACUGCGCUCAGACUGAAAAUCAGAUGUGGAAGGAACAAAAAGCUUGAAAAGAUGAGGAUUACGUGGUAGCCAAUGAAACUGCGCUAUUGUUGGAAAGUUAAAAGAUAGACCAAUCAGGGCUUGUAACAUAAUAUCGUCAUGUUUUUAUCGUCCAAUCACUACACUUUAUGUACUAUAAAUAUAAGCAAGUAGCCAAAGCGAGGUAUUCGUGUCAGUGCUUUGAACAUUCUUGUCCUUAUUGUUCACUUCGUUAUGGCUCGCACGAAGCAGACGGCGCGCAAGUCGACGGGCGGCAAGGCCCCGCGCAAGCAGCUGGCCACCAAGGCGGCCCGCAAGAGCGCGCCGGCCACCGGCGGCGUCAAGAAGCCGCACCGCUACCGGCCCGGCACGGUGGCCCUGCGCGAGAUCCGGCGCUACCAGAAGUCCACGGAGCUGCUGAUCCGCAAGCUGCCGUUCCAGCGCCUGGUGCGCGAGAUCGCGCAGGACUUCAAGACCGACCUGCGCUUCCAGAGCUCGGCCGUCAUGGCGCUGCAGGAGGCGUGCGAGGCCUACCUGGUGGGGCUCUUCGAGGACACCAACCUCUGCGCCAUCCACGCCAAGCGCGUCACCAUCAUGCCCAAGGACAUCCAGCUGGCGCGCCGCAUCCGCGGGGAGAGGGCGUAAGUGUUUGGUCAAGGAGCGCCAACUUGAAACCC